AUGCCAUACGUCCCAAAGAAUCAAGAUUCUUGGUUAGGACAGGUGAAGACCGCAAAUGUUGGCACCAAGACAAUCCAUUCGUUCGAGUCCCCAGCCUCCGGAUCAAAAAUCGGCUUGAAACAAUUUCUUCUUCUCCGGGUUUUAUGGGUGAAAAAUCAAGCCACCAAACUAUCACGCUCGUCCGAGCGUGAGAAAUGGAAUGUCACCGAGCAACAUAUCCAUGUCGCUCGAGAACACCUAAAAGCAAUGUCUAGUUGGGUGCAAUACAAAUCAACCAUCUCUAAAAAUCUGGCAUGGCACCAGAAUGAAGAAGCCAGAAUCAAGCCGGUCGUGCCCAGUCAAGGGAUGUUAACCCUGUUACACCAACACGUUCAACAAAAAACGAGGGCACCCGAGGGUACCAGCACACGCAACGAUACAAGCCUUGGCAUAGGGGGCCUUUCCAUUGAUGAUGAUGACGAAAGCCUAGAAACUAGUGAUGACGACGAAAGUCCAGAGACUGAGGACUACAUUUCGCCCUUCUCUCCGCCCACUGGGGACCUGGGCCAUGCUUUCAAAAGCAUCAGUGACGAACAAAUCGUUAACACGGCACUGCUUCUUUACCUUGAAGCACUGCUGAUUAAUUUUGUUGGCAUCCAGGCAGAUUGGACACCCGAACGCCACGCCUUAGUGGUGAAGAGAUAUAAUGGGCAAAAGGUCUAUGAGGCACGAUUGGAUGGCUUUCUUCGCUAUCAGCGUGAUCAAAAUAACCCAAUAAUGGCCAUCGUCGAGGUCAAGCCCUUCUCUCGUGACACAGACCCCGACGACUCCACCCGAAAGCAGGAGAGUGCCCAGAUGGCUGCAUGGAUUUGCCAGCAUCCCCCGACACCUGCUGAGCUUACUUCGGGUUCCAAAUUUAGUCGCCUCCUCGUCUCCCAGGAUCGUCACCACAUUUAUCUGACUUUCGCGGAGUUUGACGCUGGUUAUGUGGACUAUAUUCGUGAUACCCCCCCGAGUCCGAAGCUGCCCACUCGCCUAAGCAAGAGGCCGUCGACUCCACCAAGCCAGAGCUCAUCGGCUAAACCCAGCUUUUUGAAAAUGAACGAGUAUGGGCCUUUCGAAACUAAAAAUGAAAGCCAUAUGGACUCACUUGGGCAAAUAUUACUGGCUUUCUCCCUUCAAGCAUGUGAGAUCAGAGAGAAAGCGGACUCGAAAGCACAGACGCAGAAGUAG